CAAAAAGGCGUUCUGAAAACGCGCUUACGUUUGGACCUUCUGACGUAUCGUAUAAUAACAAACAUGGCGUCCUCCUCCGAUGUACACGUCCGAAUAUGUGGCCAAGAGAUUAUCAAAUAUGAUCUGGAAAUCAAAGCUCUUAUUCAGGACAUAAGAGAGUGCUGUGGGCCACAGGCAGUGCUUCUGGAUCUGAACUCUACAGUGAAGGAAAAGUUCAAUCAGUUAAGACAGAGGAUUCAGGACAUGGAACAGAUGGCAAAAGAACAAGACCGGGAGACUGAUAAACAAGCUAUCUUGAGUGAAAUGGAAGGCCAUCGGAAGCAGAUGUUAAGUAACCAGACGGCGUGGAGGAAGGCAAAUCUGGCCUGCAAGAUGGUCAUUGACAACCUGGAGAAGGACGAACUGCUUCAAGGUGGUGAUUCAGUUAGACAAAGGAAGGCCACUAAAGAGAGUUUGGUGCAGACAUCCAGUGACAUCACCGAGAGUCUGAUGAGCGUCAGUCGUAUGAUGUCACAGCAGGUGCAGCAGAGCGAGGAGACCAUCGGAAAUCUGGCUUCAUCCUCCAGGACUGUGCAAGAGACAAAUGAAGAGUUUAAGGCCAUGACGGGAACCAUUCACUCGGGGCGAAAACUUAUCCUGAAAUAUAAUCGGCGUGAACUGACCGACAAACUGCUGAUCUUUUUAGCUCUUGCUCUGUUUCUGGCUACAGUGCUCUACAUCCUGAAAAAGAGACUCUUCCCCUUCAUUUAGUGGAAAAGAGAACUGUGUCAACUUCACACUGCUUUCCAGAAAUCAUUCUGUGGUGAGACCCACAGUCCUUAAACCAGUGGUUCUUUCAAAAUGAGAGUUUUGUCACCAUUUACUCACCAUAAAGUGGGUGAAAAGCUUCAAAACUCUCUGGGGACACAAUAAGGGAGGAUAUCGAAGUGCUGUUAUAAAAUCUCAAUAAUCAGGAUCACUAAACAGAAAAUCAGGAAGGAAUGAAAU